GCUGGAAUUUCAUUUCAGGUUCAUCGUUGACAGGAUAGCAAGAAAGUGAACCGUCCUGUCAGCGGCCUCAAGUAACAUAUCGAAUUUUCGUGCAAGUUGUUGUAUGUCUAAAGUCAAAGACAAGGAUGACCGAGAGCUCAGCGAAUAAACCGGCAAAUGGAGAAGUGUGUCAUCGAACAACAAAUGGGGUGAAACCAUGCAGAAACGGCUUUGUGAAGAAUCAUUACCAUUAUCAGCAGCAGCACCACAAGUCCUGCUACCUCGAAGAGAAGGUUCACCAUAGAGCAUCCAAUGGAGGUCUGUACAGCAGGCCAUUCCUCGAAUCAUUUGAAGAAACGCCUAUGUUGGUGGCGGUUCUUACAUACAUGGGAUACGGAAUCCUCACCAUCUUUGGCUAUCUGAGGGACUUCCUGAGGGACUGGAAGAUUGAGAAAUGUCAUAUCGCCCGAGAGAGGGAAGAACAGAAGGACUUUGUUCCACUUUAUCAAGACUUUGAGAACUUCUACACAAGAAAUUUGUACAUGAGGAUACGAGACAGCUGGAACCGGCCCAUAUGCAGUGUUCCGGGAGCCAAAGUGGACCUCAUAGAGAGGAUCUCUCAGGACUACAACUGGACCUUUGAAUACACGGGCCGAGUGGUGAAGGACGUCCUCAACAUGGGCUCCUACAACUACCUGGGCUUCGCUGAGAACACGGGCAUGUGCGCUGAGGCCGCCGCUGCCGUCACCCGGGAGUACGGCGUGGGCGUGGGCAGCACGCGGCAGGAGAUGGGUAACUUGGACAGACACAAGGACCUGGAGGAGUUGGUGGCGAGGUUUCUGGGCGUGGAGUCAGCCAUGGCGUUCGGCAUGGGUUUCGCAACCAACUCCAUGAACAUACCUGCCAUCAUUGGAAAGGGCAGUCUGAUUCUGAGUGACGAGCUUAACCACGCCUCCCUGGUGUUGGGAGCCCGGCUGUCUGGGGCCACUAUUCGUGUCUUCAAGCACAACAACAUGCAGAGCUUGGAGAAGCUUCUGAGAGACGCCAUCAUCCACGGGCAACCCAGAACACACCGCCCCUGGAAGAAGAUCCUCAUUGUGGUGGAGGGGAUCUACAGGCGGAUGGCGGCUGACGGCUGCUGGCAAAGGAGCAGGAUUUCUGGACAUCAAAGGAAGACUGAAAUAUAUCUGGCCGUGACGCUGCUUUUCCUUCGCUCACUCUGUCUCUCUGUUGACGGCCGUGAGCGAGUGAAUCAGCUGGCGGAGAACACAGCCUACUUUCGGCGGAGACUGCUGGAGUUGGGCUUCAUCACCUACGGCAACAGCGACUCACCUGUGGUUCCCAUGAUGCUCUACAUGCCGGCCAAGAUUGGGGCCUUUGGUCGGGAGAUGCUGAAGAGGAACAUCGGUGUGGUCGUUGUAGGCUUCCCCGCUACCCCAAUCAUCGAGUCCAGAGCUCGCUUCUGCAUAUCCGCCGCCCACACCAAAGAAAUGCUGGACAUGGCCCUGGAGAAAAUCAGUGAAGUGGGGGACUUGCUCCAUCUGAAGUAUUCGCGGCACAGAACACAACCAGCUGUGGAUCGGCCCUCCGACGAGACCACAUAUGAGGAGAGUGAGGACUAAUCGAUCGAUCGAUCAAUCGCUUGACCAAGCACCUCUCCGGCCUCGGACCAAACGUGCACUGCGCUCUCAUCUUGAGCUCUCAUGGAAGGAGAGAGUUACUGAACCACUCAAUAAAUGUCUUUAUUUUCUUUUCCAGUCCUCCUUACUCCUAACCUGCACACAGAUUCCACUGAUGACCCUGCUGAGGUCUGGGGAUGGUGAACAGUGAUCUGUCUGUCUGUCUGUUUGUUUAUCUGUUUGUUUAUCUCUCUCUGUUCACCAUUUUAACAUGCAUUACGUUUCUUACCUGUAAGCAAGAAAUUUAAUGUUUGGACUGUCUGCAUCUUAUGGCUUCUGUGUGCCCGUGUGUGUGCUUGUGUGUUUGAGUGUGUGUGUGUGUGUGUGUGUGUGUGUGAGUUUGAGUGUGAGAGAGAGAGAGAGAGUGAGAGUGUAGGCAGACUACCAGGACACCAUUUCUGUGCUUUGAGAAGGAAAAACAAACUCUCAUUGGUCACUGCCUUCUGGUUUGCCUCAUACGCUCCUCACCCCCCUCCUCUCCUCUCCUCUCCUCGCGCGCCAGUCUUUCGCCAAACCCAUCCCUGUGCACUGAGAACACCACUGGAUUAAGUGGGAACAUACUGGAGAACGUAGAACCGGAGAGCCCCAGGGAUCUGGUCUCUGAGGACUCCCACCUUGGCCCCCCUGCGUUGCCGUGGUGAUCCCCUCCCUAAAUCACUCCCUGAGAUCCCCCUCACCCCUCUCGGGAUUUGGCCCUGGUGUUUUUCUUUCCACAGCCUUUGCAUAACAACCAGGAAUCAGUGUCUUACUUGAACCUCAAUAUGGUUUCUCUGACUAGUGAUCUAUUUAUUUUUGUACUGUGACGUGACUCACGGAGGGGCGGCGCUGGUAAUGUCUUAGGCCAAUCUGUACACAGCUCUGCACUUCUGUCAAAUUUUCAACUCAAAGGAGAUUUAUGAACUUUUGGGCAGGGACAAGACCUUCUGUUCAUUCCCAGAUCUAUUAUUAUUAUUAUUAUUAUUAUUAUUAUUAUUAUUACACCGCUACGUUUCAUUAUAAUUUUCUUGAAAUGGGUCUUGGUUGAUAUUCACUGAUGAAUACUAAGCUUAUUUGCUCACGAGCAGUCUCUUGAGUUCAUCUUAGGAUAAUCUGUUGUCUAUCUCCUUUUAUAAACUUUGUUAUGUAUAUUUUCACUUGGUUUAUAGCUUUUUUUUUUUUUUUUUAUAUAUAGCUUUGACCAGUGAUAGUAUAGACUGCCCCCAAGGCCACCACCAGACUAUCUUUCUGAAGUCUCUUGUCUGGUGAGGAAGACGUGCCACCACUGUCAGUGUCAAGAUGGCAGGGAUCUCCAAAAACAAAUCACCUCCUGUGUUUAGGUCUGUUCAGUUUGUGUGGUUUUGUCUCUGAUGUACAGAUUUAUUUAUUGUUAAUCUCCUUUUUUUUGUGUGUCUUAUUUGGGAAGUAAAAGUGCAUUGUUUCUCUAAGGCAGCUCCAGAAUGUCCUCAAAAUGCACAUUUACACUGCAUGCUCUUCAGUGCCAAUACUACUGAUGAGUAUUCCUUGUUGGAAGAGAGAGAGUAAAAAACAACCCUUUGUAAUCCUCAACAAGCGCAUGUAUGACGUACUCACUGAGGCUGCUAGUUUACGAUGAAAAAAACGGUGCUGAUCUGUACUUGAUACACUAUGUUUCGUGGCUUUAGCGGCUUGUCUGUCUGAACCUCAUCCAUUCCAAAUUGUGUUUGAGAUAUCCAACUUUGAAAAAGAAUACGUACCCCUAACCCCUGUGACCAAAACAUAAAAAAUGGAUGAAUGUUGAUUGUCAUAUGUCAGAUGUGUUUCUUUCUUUCUUUGGAGUUGUAUUUUAUUUCUAUCUAUUCAGUUGUGACAAGAUAAGUUAUCGAACCGUUCACCAGGCAAAGAUGGACUUUUACUUACCAGUAAGGAUGUAUUGGUCAGAUCACUAGUUUAAGGAGAAAGCUUUUCAGCUUGGUAAACACAUGUGCAAGCUUCUCAGCUUGGUAGACAUAAUAUGUGUAUGUAUCAAAAAAGGACAUCUAAUGUUUUUACUGUACCUGGAAGAAGUCAUGGAUAACCAUAUGUAGUGUCAUGUUUUGUUAAAGUGAAGUCUAUUUGUUCUCCCUUUUGACCUGAAUAAUAAUGAUUGGUUCUGUCAAUUUAUGUUAUGGGAAUUUCUGGUCUGCAUUAAAGCAGUGGUGUCAUAUCCAGACGGCUUUAUAAAUACAUGUGCUGUAACACAUAAUAUGGUUUUGCUACCAGUACUAACAAUGGUAGACCUACUUCAUCGAUCAAAGUGCACUGUUCCCUACAUAUCAGCACUGUUCACGCCUUCCAGGACAUUAAAAUAUGACUAAAACAUCA